UUCUGUUGGUAGUUUUUCUGUUAAAAUGCCACUUUUUGGUAAUAAAUUUUCACCCAAAAAAACUCCACUGAGGAAAAGUAGUGUCAGUUUAAAAAGUAAUCAUUUAGAUGAACUAGUUGAUGAUGAAAAACGUAUUAAACUUAAUUUAAGUGACCAAAAGUUAAUUUUUGUCAAUGGUGAAUGGAGACCCAGCUCAGGUAAAAAUAGUUCUAUUUACAAAUUAAACGAAAAACUGAAAAAAAGAAACGAGGAAUUAGAAGAGGAGAACAAUCUUUUAAAAUUAAAAUUCGAGGUUCUUUUAAACAUGAUGACACAAAUUACUGCAGAGCAUCAACUACAGGACGAGGUUAUACAGGGGUUAAAAGAAACAAACUUUAGGGAAUGAGAAACUUUUUUUGGAACUAAUCUAUGGCUAAGGCACUUAAAUGGUUAGAAUUAAAUAAAUAAAUAUGUACAUAGACUGAUAUUUUGGGGUCCUAGUUAGGACAGUUUGGCUUUGUAUGACCUGAAAUAUUUAGAAUUGUUAUAAUUUUUUUUUAAAUUAAAAUAAAAGUAUAAAUUUAC